AUGUUUGUUAGAGCUCGGGCUGCUCGAUGUAGAAAUCCUCUCGUACUAUCAAUUAAUCGGAUAGUGACACCCUUGAACUCCGCUUUGAUCUCACGGACAUUCUCCGCUUCUCGCGUCUUUACCCGUCAUUCCGCGGGAAGCUCUGAACUGUUUGAGUAUACAUCUGGAAGAUGGAUCUAUAAUGAAGCUGUGAGACUCGCGGAACGACGACGCGUCUUCGACGUCCCUGAAUUGAAGCGCCUUGCUGCCGAGUCGAUCAAUCAAGGCGCGAAUGAUGUCGCUCGCUUCGAAAAGCUUGCUGAAGGGGGAUUUAACCGUAUUUUUCUAGUGACAAUGAAGGAUGGAUCCCAACUCAUCGCCCGUAUUCCGUAUCCCGUUACGGAACCGAAAUACUUCGUGGUAGCUAGUGAAGUUGCGACUUUGGAUUACCUUCGUCUACAUGAUAUACCCGUGCCCAAGGUCUUUGGCUAUUCGGCCACAUCAGAUAAUGCGGCAGGCACAGAAUACAUCUUUAUGGAAUAUAUCCGUGGACGAGACUUGGGUGACCUGUGGUUCGACUUGUCCGAAGAUUCCUGUUCCACAAUUAUCAAAAACAUUGUCGACCUGGAAGCUCGCCUUUUCAGAUUACGAUUUCCUGCUAGUGGAAGCCUUUACUAUACGACGGAUCUGCGGUCCAAAACUAAUGCAUCACCCGUGCCGAUAGAAGAUUCACCGAGCAAUGGCCGCUUCAGUAUCGGUCCCGACACUACCUUACGAAUGUGGUUUGGGAAAAGAUCCGAACUGCAAGUCGAUCGUGGACCGUAUGAGACUGCGGAAGCGGCUCUGACCGCGGGCGCCAAAAAGGAGCUUACCUAUUUAGCUAGGUUCGGUAAACCACUGCAACCUCUUCAGCCUAUUUAUAGAGAGCUGUACAAGUAUCAGAAAGCGUCACAUCGGGACCAUAUGAAAAACUUGGAAAACUACCUACGUGUCACGCCUCAUCUAGUGCCGGAGAACUUCAAAUUCCUCUGCCAGCCUACAAUCAGACACCCCGACUUGCAACCAAACAAUAUCUUAGUCUCCGAUGAUCUUAGAAUUACUGGUUUAAUAGAUUGGCAGCAUUGCUCAGUUCUACCACUCUUUCUACAGUGUGGUUUCCCGGAGAGUAUCCAGAAUUACGGAGACGAGGUUUCUGAAUCUCUCGACACGCCUAAGUUACCAGACGACUUUGAUAGUCUGGACGAAAGCAACCGGUCUGAACAGCUAGAGAUCCUUCGAAGACGGCAUAUCCACUACUUCUACGCGUGGUAUUCUGCAAAGUUGAACUCUAUUCAUGGCAUUGCUUUGGACCACGAUUUAAGCAUCCUCAAGCGCAAGAUAUUCGACCACGCGAGCAAACCAUGGGAAGGAGACAUUGUGUCGUUGAAGGCUGAUCUCGUUUAUUUAGCGCAGAACUGGAGCAAACUGUCCAACCCAUCGUCCGGCACCAAUGCAGGAGUCUGCCCAUUAGAGUAUCCGCCCGACGAGGCAAGCGAAUGUUUGAAUCUUAAUGCUGAGCAAAUCGAAUCGGAUGAAGAGCUGCAGAUCUUCAGGAAUUAUGUUGGAGUGGGACCAGAUGGGUGGGUGCCGUCGGACCGAUAUGACGAAUCCAAGCAACGUGAAAUAAAAUUGAAGGAGCUUGCGCUCGAGGCAACUGAGUCGGAAGAGGACCGGGCUAAGAUUUCUGAGAAUUGGAUGUUCAACGAUUACGAUGAGGAGAUAUAUAGGUAGCUGCACGAUACAUAUCGGCGUUUUUACGUGGAGGUAUGCGAGGCGUCAAUCGUUCGACCACACCACGGGCGUCCAUGGAUUCGGAACGGCUCCAGUCUACACCCUGUACCAAGCUGGGCUGUGGACUGAUCUUAGCAAACUAAUCGACGGAUUGAUCAGCAAGGUAGCUGCAGGGAUCCAGUAAUUUACAUAACGGAUUCUUUCCUAUUUUAGCGCACGUACGCGAGCGUUGCAAAUGAUGUUUUCUUCGCGGGGUCAGUCUCAGUUCUCAGCUAUAACCACAAUGUAUAUUUUGUACUUGAUUAGAG